AUGAAUCGUCGUGCAGGAGCCACUGACCGGCACGCACUCCUCGCGGGGGGCGCCUACCCGUCCUCCUCCUCGCUCUCCGCCUACCGCUCCUCUUCACCCUACGACUCGAACCCUUACCCUUCCACCUCGACCAACGGCUCUUCCACCUACAACAGCGCCGACUUUGUCGGUGCGCCCAAGAAGGAGCCCACCGAAUCGUAUGGGAACAACAUCUUCGGUCGAGCCGCCUCGUCCUACGUCGCAACACGCACAGCCGAGGACCUUGAGGAGCAGAACGACCAGCGUCUCGACGGUCUCACCGCCCGAGUAUCCAUGUUGAAAGAGAUCACGCUCAACAUCGGGACCGAGGUACGCGAGGGGACCAAAGACCUCGGCGUACUAGGCGAGGCGUUCGAGAACACCUCGGCCUUCCUGGGUGGCACGUUCAAGAGGAUGAACAAGAUGGCCAAGAAGCAGGGCGGAUGGUUUUGCAACAUGAUGCUGUUUCUCCUCUUUGUCACUUGGUUAUUUGUCUUCCUCUGGUGGUGGCGAAGGUAG